AUGGCAGACGGUCCCACACCGCCGCUGCGGGAGCUGGCGACGGUGCUCAUCGAGGAGCCGCCGCCCUCCAGCGCCGCCUCCUCCACAGUCACCAUGAUGAAUAGCGCCAUCGGCGCAGGCAUCCUCACCCUGCCCUACGCCUUCCGCUGCACGGGCUGGGUGGCGGGGCUGGCGUGCAUCGCGGCGGUCGCCGCCCUCAUGUCCUUCACGCUGUACAUCCUGUCCCGCUUUGCCGAGCACACGGGCAGCAAGACGUACGGCGCGCUGGUGCACACCAUGCUGGGCAAGCAGGCCAGCAUCGGCAUGGGCGCCGUCAAGUUCCUGUUUCUGUUUGGGGGCUGCACCUCGUACCUGAUGAUCCUCGGCGACUCCUUCCACCCGCUGCUGCUGCAAGCCUUUGGGGAGCGGUGGUGGACGGGCAGGGACGCCGCCAUCAUUGCCGUGGGCACCAUCUGCAUCUUCCCGCUCUGCCUGCGCACCAGCCUGGGCGGCCUGAAAGGCGAGGCGCGGCCGCACCGCUGCACCGUGCUGCCACGCAGCACGCAGGCCACGCGAAGCCUCUCCGUCAGCUCCAUGGCUGUCUCCUCGAUCGUCGUGGUGGUGGGCGCUGUGCUGUUCUCUUCGGUGCGCAGGAUCCGCAGGCCGGAGCACUCCUGGGAGGGGGUGCGCGCAUUCAACCCAUCCCUCGAGUUCUUCGGCGCCCUGCCCCUCAUCAUCUUUAGCUUUGUGUGCCACCACAACGUGAUCAGCGUGUUUAAUGAGCUCGAGUCGCACCCGUCCCUCUUCCGCCCCUCGGCCAGGCGUGGCGCAGCGGCCGCCGCCCGCGGCCCGCAGCAGCAGCAGCAGGAGCAGCAAGGGCAGGAGCGGCAGGGGCCCGUCACCAGCUAUGAGUCGCUGCCCUCGCCGCUGGCGCUGUCGCAGCGGAGCAUGCGGCACCUGAAGUCAUCCAAGCUGCGGGGCAUGGUGUGGGUGAUCGCGGUGUCGAUGAGCCUCGUGGCCCUGCUGUACUGCACCAUAGGCCUGGCUGGCUACCUGGCGUUCCCCGCCGACGCCAACCCAGACAUCCUCGUCAGCUUCGGGUGCACCAACAUGCUGAUGCAGGUGGCGCGGGCCUCCAUCGGCCUGGUGUUGAUCGCCUCCUACCCUGUGGUGCACUUCCCCGCCCGCGCCGCCAUCAGCGAGCUGCUGCACCACGCGACCGGGCGCCAGUUUGUUGGCAAGGCGUUUAUCGGGGCCGAGGCGGUCGUCUUCUUUGCAUCCACCCUGGCCAUUGCCGUGCGAUGCACCGACCUAGGCAUCGUCUUCAAGCUGAUUGGCGGCACGUGUGGCGCCAUGCUGGUCCUGGCCCUGCCCGGCGCCCUCCUGAUGCAGUACGCCUGCUCCAAGCACCGCGACGCGCGGCAGCCGCUGGCCCUGCUGCGGGAGCCGCUGCUGGUGGCGGCGGCGGAGGAGGGCGGCGGCAGCAACGGCGGCAGCGCAGUGACGUGGCGGGUGUACAGCCUAUGGUGCAGUAGGCUGUUCUGGGGCGGCUUGGCGCUGCAGCUGCUGGCCGCCGCGGUUGCCGUGCUGUCUGUGGCAACAAUACUGUGGGACCUGCCCUCGGCAUAG